CUUUUAUAACGAAGUCAAUAAUGAAAACAUCAUUAGAUCGAUACGAUAAGAUAAUAUUCUGAAACAAAACUAUAGCAUAUCGGGCGUACAUUCCCAUUUGAUUUUUAUAAUACUGUAUUGUAGUGAUAAAUUUAAAUAUGGGCAGUUCCCAGUCGUACCCUGGGCUUACCGAAGACGUGUUGGAAGAUUACAUCUCAUUGACAUACCUGAGUAAAGGAGAAAUAUUACACUUGAUGAAGAAAUUUUAUUCCAUAAAUCCACAAAUAUUGGAAGCUGAUUUUAAUCAUCGAUUUCAUAAGGACGAUGUCAUCGCAAAAUUUGGAACAAUAAAGAACAAUCCAUUCAGAGAUCGUUUAUUCAGAGUAUUUUCUUCAAAGGGUGACGAUUAUUUUUCAUUUGAAGACCUUUUAGACUUGUGUUCUGUUAUGAGCCAUAAUUGUCCAGCUGACGUAAAAGCUGUAUGGGCUUUUAGAAUAUUCGACUUGGAUGAGGAUAAACAGAUUUCAGAUGGAGAUAUUAGCAAAAUAUUAGAUCGUCUAACGGCGUGCGAGGAUAAGGAAACAUGUCUUGAUGAAGUUUCCAAGGAGAAAAUAGCUAAGGAGAUAAUAAAAGAAAUGAAUUUAGAUGGAACAGGCAGUAUCAGUAUCAGCGAAUUCAAAUUAAUUAUGGCUAGAUUACCCGAAUUCGAAAGCUCCUUUUAUUUCAGACUAUAAAGCUUCAUACUACCU